AUGAACCCCGCUCUCGGAAAGCAAUUUCUCGUUUCGAAGAAACAUCUCAUGCUAUCUUCUCGUCGUGCUGGCAAAGUGCUCGAAGGAUCUUUCAAAGAAUCUACUCGGGAAAAAGAUGGCCUUUUCCACUGGAAUUUUGAGCCAAUGUUUGACUCAAUGGCAUUUGAGAUUGUAAUGCAUAUAAUCCAUGGACAUACGCGGCAGAUCCCUGAAAAGGCAAGCGUCGACUUGCUCGCUCAAAUAGCCGCCAUCGUUGAUGAUUUGGAGUGCCAAGACUCUAUUUGGUUCUUUGCUAAACGCUGGCUGAGCCAAAUGAAAUGUCCAGAUUUUCAUGAAACGUCUGAGGACCUUAUGCGAUGGAUCUUAAUUUCAUUUGUGUUUGAGGAAUCCGAGAUCUUCAAGCAAAUAACAAAUGACGCCAUAAGAUAUAGCACAGAUAAAACGCCUACCUUUGGUCUUCCUAUACGGCCUAGAAUUCUUGAGAAUAUCGGUGAGCGGCGGCAAUUUAUAUUGGCUCAUCUAUUUGCACACUUGCAAAAACUGCAAUCUCAGCUCCUUGAGCAAUCAUUGGGAUGCAACCAGGGCUGCAGGGCCAUGAUGUAUGGUACGCUCACCCAGGGAAUGAAAUCGAAUUCGUGGCUGCCUCUACCCCUUUCGCCAUAUACCUCAUUGAGCAUCAGUUCAGCCCUUCAAAAAUUAAAAGCAGUCCAGGGAGUGGACUAUUAUUGUCCUUUAAGAUAUUCUACCAACCUAAAUGGCGAUGGAUC